AUGGCCGAUUCAGCAAUGUACAGUGGUGUUGAAUACUUUUCUCUCUUUGUAAGAUUCGUGUUUUCAGAUGGAUCAUUUGAAGAAAAAAGAGUCAAAAUAGAAAACUAUGAUGGCAAAACAGAUGCUGCGGGGUGGCUCAGUUGGAUAAUGAAAAUAUUGGAAUUGAUGGAUGCUGACCUCAUCAAAUGCAUUGGUGCUUGUUUUGAUGGAGCUUAUGUUCUGAUACGAAAUGGUGGGCUCUCUGGUAAACUCCUGGCUAAAAUAAAAGAGAGAGACGGGCUGAACGGAUUUGAUUCAAACUACUGCUUUUCACACAGAACAAAUAAAGCGACUGAAAUGUGUUUUGAAUCGCAAUGGGGACUGACUAUUGAAAGUUUCUUGGACGGGUUAACUGUUCAGACAACAAGAACAGCAUGGGAUCAAUUCUGUGCCAAAAAUCAUAUCAAAGGUGCAGUUCUCAAAUUGGUUCAACGAUCCGAAACAAGGUGGCUCCAAACAGUAUUGAUUCUUGAUAAUAUGUUUGAGAAUCUGCCUUCACUUCAAGACUUUUACAGUGAAAGAGAACAAUACCAAAAGCCUUUUGGACCUCGCAACAUUAUGGGUGAGUGUAAUGUCAACUGCAAAUUGUUUGUUGCGUGUAUGUUCUUCACUCAAAUAGUGCUCAGUAAGGUGAAGAUAAUUAACGAUUGGCUACAGACCGCCAAUUUACUAUACCCCGUGGCCUAUCAACGUGUUGAAGAUUUAAUUUCGAAUAUCUUCGAGCUCAGACGAAAAGUAGUGUUAACCGAUUAUUUAGAAAAAAUGAAAUAA